UUUAAACUUUAUUCACCAAACCAGAAAUUACAGUUCCUUUUUGGGUGGUCUGGAAUCAUCAGCAUUGUUUUGCAACUUUGCAGAUCACCAAGUUGAUAAGCAAAGAUGGCGGACAGUUUCCAUCAGCCAUCUGUAAUUCAGAAAAUGCAGGGGAGAUUCUAUCUUUGUGCUCAAACAUCUCCUUACAUGCAUUGUAGAAGUGCUAGCAUAGAAAAUUUUACGGGUGGAUAUGUCAAUGGUGGUCUCGGAAGCCCUUGCUUCCCAGCCUCCCAAGUUGCUGGACUCCAUCAUGUAUCGCAAGUGUCCCCUGUUCUGAUCCCUUCAGCAAAAGAGACGAGCUUUUCUAGCUUUAUGGUGGAUUUCCUCAUGGGAGGGGUUUCAGGUGCUGUGUCAAAAACUGCUACUGCUCCUAUUGAGAGGGUUAAGCUUUUAAUUCAGAAUCAGGAGGAGAUGAUCAAAGCCGGACGCCUGACUGAGCGAUACAAGGGAAUUACUGAUUGCUUUGCUCGGACAGUCAAGGAUGAAGGCGUCCUUUCUCUUUGGAGAGGCAACAAUACAAAUGUUAUCAGAUACUUCCCCACUCAGGCCCUAAAUUUUGCUUUCAAAGACCAUUUUAAGAAGAUGUUUAACUUCAAGAAAGACAAGGAUGGCUACUGGAAGUGGUUCGCAGGGAAUUUGGCAUCCGGCGCUUUAGCUGGUGCUACAUCUCAGCUCUUUGUCUACUCCCUGGAUUAUGCCCGGACGCGUCUGACGAAUGAUGCCAAGGCAGUUACAAAGGGCGGCGAGAGGCAAUUUAAUGGUUUAAUUGAUGUUUAUAGGAAAACAAUCCGAUCUGAUGGCAUUGCAGGGCUUUAUCGGGGAUUCAACACUUCACUUGCUGGAAUCAUUGUCUAUCGCGGCCUAUACUUUGGACUCUAUGAUUCACUCAAACCUGUUGUCCUUGUUGGUGAUUUGCAGGAUAGUUUCUUUGCUAGCUUCCUGCUUGGAUGGGGUGUGACCAAUGGCGCUGGAUUGGCUUCUUAUCCAUUUGACACGGUGCGUCGAAGAAUGAUGAUGACCUCCGGUGAGGCUGUCAAGUACAAGGGCUCAGUGGAUGCAUUUGCUCAGAUCAUCAAGAAUGAGGGUGCCAAAUCCCUCUUCAGAGGUGCUGGAGCCAACAUCCUGCGUGCUAUUGCAGGUGCUGGGGUCUUAGCAGGUUACGACAAAUUGCAGCUCAUUUACGUCGGCAAGAAAUAUGGAUCUGGUGGUGGUUAAAUUCGACCUCAGGGCAGGGGUGAUGAUGAUGACGAGAAAACUUCUAUGAUGAUUGUGUAGGUGGUUGACAUCCUCGUGUAUCUCAGGAAAAUUCAGUACACAGGAAAAUGUAAUAUCAAUACCUGUUUUUUGAGUUAUUGAACCAUUUGUUUGAAGAUAUGUUACCUGGGCUCCAGAGCCAGGCACCUAGAGUGAUUUUCAGAAGAAAGAACUGCAAGUUUUUGCAUUUAUAUGU